CAAACAAAACUAAAUAGCAAAAACAUCUUUCUUCUAAGGCAAAUGAUAUCUUUUUCUUUGUUGUCACCUACACUUGUUUUCAUGUUUACCUUAAAUUUAAUGUGCUUUGACCCAAACAAAAUGGUGGCAGUGUCUGCAAUAUUAGGAAACCAAAAAGAUCAUUUUGCAUUGCUGAAAUUCAAAGAAUCAAUUAUAUCCAAUGAUCCAUAUGGAACUCUUGAAUCUUGGAAUUCUUCCAUCCAUUUCUGUAAGUGGCGUGGAAUCACAUGCAACCUGAUGCAUCAAAGAGUUAUAGGAUUGAACCUAGAAGGACAUGAGUUACAUGGAUCUUUAUCUCCACACACAUGUUGGUAAUCUCACUUUACUGAAAAAUCUCAACCUUCAAAAUAACAGCUUCUAUGGAGAAAUCCCACAGGAGUUAGGUAAAUUGCUAGAAUUGAAACUACUUUAUCUCACCAACAACUCUUUUGGAGGUGAAAUUCCUACAAACUUGACAUAUUGCUCCAAUCUGGAAGACUUAAUUUUGGGAGGGAACAAUCUAAUGGGCAAAAUACCAAAUGAAAUUUAUUCUUUGAAAAAACUUAAAGUAAUGGCGUUUCACAAAAACAAAUUAACCGGAGGAAUCCCUUCAUUCAUAGGGAAUCUUUCAAGCUUAAUGACUUUUUCGGUUUCUUAUAACAACAUAAUAUGUUCCAAGGAAAUAUUCCUCCAAGCAUAGGAAACUGUCAAAAAUUACAAUAUUUAGAACUUUCACAUAAUAAGCUUAGAGGAACCAUACCUUCAGAGGUUUUCACUCUUUUUUCUUUAUCAAACUUAUUGAAUUUGUCACAUAACUCAUUGAGUGGGAGCUUACCAAGAGAAGUGGGUUUGCUGAAAAACAUUGAUGUACUAGAUAUCUCCGAGAAUCAUCUCUCUGGCGAUAUUCCUACAACAAUUGGUGAAUGUAUAAGCUUAGAAUACCUUUAUUUGCAAGGUAACUCCUUCAACGGAACAAUACCAUCCUCUUUUGCAUCUCUCAAAGGUCUUAGAUAUUUAGACCUUUCAAGAAAUCAAUUGUCUGGAUCAAUUCCUGAUGUUAUGCAAAAUAUCACUCUUUUAGAACAUUUGAAUGUAUCUUUUAACAUGUUGGAUGGUGAGGUACCAACAAAUGGUGUCUUUGGAAAUGUAAGCCAAGUAGAAAUGAUUGGAAACAAUAAGCUUUGUGGAGGUAUUUCAUUGAUGCAUCUACCACCAUGCCCUAUCAAGGGUACGAAACACACAAAACAUUAUAAAUUCAGGUUGAUAGCAGUGACAGUUAGUGUGGUUUCUUUUAUUCUCAUACUUUCAUUCAUUAUAACUAUCUACUGGAUGAGGAAAAGAAAUCAAAAACGAUCUUUUGAUUCACCUACAAUUGAUCAACUAGCUAAGAUUUCAUACCAAGAAUUGCAUCAAGGAACUGACGGGUUCUCGCCUACAAACUUGAUCGGAUUAGGAAGUUUUGGUUCUGUCUACAAAGCAAAUCUUGUGUCGGAAGAUCAUGUUGUUGCCGUAAAGGUCCUGAACCUCCAAAAAAAGGGAGCUCACAAGAGUUUCAUUGUUGAAUGUAAUGGGAAACGGAUUUCCUGCUGUUACAGCAGGACGCUGUAA